UAACAAUGGAGCCCGCGGCGCGCGGCGGGCACCCGAGCACGCCAGGCGCCCAGCAGCGCGCCCCUUUACCGGGCAGGGAGGCCGGGUGGGGCCGCAGCACAGCCUCGCCCUGACUCGGCUCUACGUGGCAGCGACACUAUCGACCCUCGCCCGGCUCCGGGACACCUCGGACCUCCCCUGGGCGCCAGCUCCUCGGCUCCAACGCGUCCAGAAACAAGCCGGAUUUUUUUUUUUCUUUCUUUCUGGAAAUUGGCGUUGGUGUGCGUUUCUCUACGUCUCUCCUCCUCCCACCACCACCCUCCCCCCUUUUUUUUUUCUGAGACAUGGCCCGGGCAGUGGCUCCUGGAAGAGGAACAAGUGUGGGAAAAGAGAGAGGAAACCGGAGCUAAAUGACAGGAUGCAGGCGACUUGAGACACAAAAAGAGGAGGGUUUCUCUCGGAUCACGGCAUUGCCUCGCCGCUUUCCUUUCUCCAAGACGGACUGAGGAUUUUACAGCUCUGGGAGGAGUGGAAGCUCUCCGGAUUGUUGAGAUCGCCCCGGUGCUCUGUUUUCCCUGCACGUUCGGUUCUCCCGCGUCUGCCCGGGAACCCAGCGAAGGGGGGAUGGAGAGGGGGCUACCGCUCCUGUGCGCCGCGCUCGCCCUGGUCCUCUCGGCGGCCGGCGCUUUUCGCAACGAUAAAUGUGGAGAUACUAUAAAAAUUGAAAGCCCCGGGUACCUUACAUCUCCUGGUUAUCCUCAUUCUUAUCACCCAAGUGAAAAAUGUGAAUGGCUGAUUCAGGCUCCUGACCCAUAUCAGAGAAUUAUGAUUAACUUCAACCCUCACUUCGAUUUGGAAGACAGAGACUGCAAGUAUGACUACGUGGAAGUCAUCGAUGGAGAGAAUGAAAAUGGGCGUUUAUGGGGAAAGUUCUGUGGAAAGAUUGCCCCUUCUCCUGUCGUGUCUUCAGGGCCAUUUCUCUUUAUCAAGUUUGUCUCUGAUUAUGAGACACACGGGGCAGGAUUUUCCAUACGUUAUGAAAUUUUCAAGAGAGGUCCUGAAUGUUCCCAGAACUACACAACACCUAGUGGGGUGAUAAAAUCCCCAGGAUUCCCUGAAAAAUAUCCCAACAGCCUAGAAUGCACCUAUAUUAUCUUUGCACCAAAGAUGUCGGAGAUUAUCCUGGAAUUUGAAAGCUUUGACCUGGAGGCUGACUCAAAUCCUCCUGGGGGGAUGUUUUGCCGCUAUGACCGGCUAGAAAUCUGGGAUGGAUUCCCUGACGUUGGUCCCCACAUUGGGCGUUACUGUGGGCAGAAAACACCAGGUCGAAUCCACUCCUCAUCCGGCAUCCUGUCCAUGGUUUUCUACACGGACAGUGCCAUAGCCAAAGAAGGCUUCUCGGCAAACUACACCGUCUCGCAAAGCAGUGUUUCAGAAGACUUCAAGUGUAUGGAAGCUCUGGGCAUGGAAUCCGGAGAGAUUCACUCUGACCAGAUCACAGCUUCUUCCCAGUACAGCACCAACUGGUCUGCCGAACGUUCCCGCCUCCACUAUCCUGAGAAUGGGUGGACCCCUGGAGAGGAUUCCUACAAAGAGUGGAUCCAGGUAGACCUGGGCCUUCUGCGCUUUGUCACUGCUGUCGGGACACAGGGAGCUAUUUCAAAGGAAACCAAGAAGAAAUACUACGUCAAGACAUACAGGAUAGACAUUAGCUCCAACGGGGAAGACUGGAUCACCAUCAAAGAAGGAAAUAAACCUGUUAUCUUUCAGGGAAACACCAACCCCACAGAUGUUGUGAUUGGAGUUUUCCCCAAACCCCUGAUAACUCGAUUUGUCCGAAUGAAACCUAUGACUUGGGAAACUGGUAUAUCUAUGAGAUUUGAAGUCUAUGGCUGCAAGAUAACAGAUUAUCCUUGCUCUGGAAUGUUGGGUAUGGUGUCCGGACUUAUUUCCGACUCCCAGAUCACAGCAUCCAACCAAGGGGACAGGAACUGGAUGCCUGAAAAUAUCCGCCUGGUGACCAGCCGCUCGGGCUGGGCACUGCCGCCCGCCCCGCACCCGUACGUGAACGAGUGGCUUCAGGUGGACCUGGCGGAGGAGAAGAUUGUGCGGGGCGUCAUCAUUCAGGGGGGCAAACACCGGGAGAACAAGGUGUUCAUGAGGAAAUUCAAGAUCGGGUACAGCAACAACGGCUCGGACUGGAAGAUGGUCAUGGACGACAGCAAGCGCAAGGCCAAGUCUUUUGAAGGCAACAACAACUAUGACACACCUGAGCUACGGACAUUUCCACCCCUUUCCACACGAUUCAUCAGGAUCUACCCCGAGAGAGCCACUCACGGUGGACUAGGGCUACGGAUGGAGCUGCUGGGCUGUGAGGUGGAAGCACCUACAGCUGGACCGACCACUCCCAAUGGGAACCUGGUAGAUGAAUGUGAUGACGACCAGGCCAACUGCCACAGCGGAACAGGUGAUGACUUCCAGCUCACAGGUGGUACCACUGUGCUGACCACAGAAAAGCCAACCGUGAUAGACAGCACUAUACAAUCAGAGUUUCCAACAUAUGGUUUUAACUGUGAGUUUGGCUGGGGUUCUCAUAAGACGUUCUGUCACUGGGAGCAUGACAAUCACGUGCAGCUCAGAUGGAGUGUGCUGACCAGCAAGACGGGACCGAUUCAGGAUCACACAGCAGGAGAUGGCAACUUCAUCUACUCCCAAGCUGAUGAAAACCAGAAAGGCAAAGUGGCUCGCCUGGUGAGCCCUGUGGUUUAUUCCCAGAACUCUGCCCACUGCAUGACCUUCUGGUAUCACAUGUCUGGUUCACACGUGGGCACGCUGAGGGUCAAACUGCACUACCAGAAGCCAGAGGAAUAUGACCAGUUGGUCUGGAUGGCCAUCGGACACCAAGGGGACCACUGGAAAGAGGGGCGUGUCCUGCUGCACAAAUCUCUGAAACUUUACCAGGUGAUUUUUGAGGGUGAAAUCGGAAAAGGCAACCUUGGCGGGAUUGCAGUGGAUGACAUUAGUAUCAAUAACCACAUCCCUCAAGAGGACUGCACAAAGCCAGCAGACCUGGAUAAAAAGAACCCAGAAAGUAAAAUCGACGAAACAGGGAGCACCCCAGGAUACCAAGGCACGGGAGACGGUGAUGAGAACAUCUCCAGGAAGCCGGGCAACGUGUUGAAGACCCUGGACCCUAUCCUCAUCACCAUCAUCGCCAUGAGCGCCCUGGGCGUCCUCCUGGGCGCCGUCUGUGGGGUCGUGCUGUACUGUGCCUGCUGGCACAACGGGAUGUCGGAAAGAAACUUAUCUGCCCUGGAGAACUAUAACUUCGAACUUGUGGAUGGCGUGAAGUUGAAAAAAGACAAACUGAAUCCACAGAGUACUUACUCGGAGGCAUGAAGGCAGACAGAGGUGACCAGGUGAGCAGGAGAGUGGAGCGGAGGACAGAGCUUGAGCUGGGGACCGGCUGAUCUUUCACUGUUCAGGCUGGGAAGUGCGUUAAUGAUGCCAAGCCAGGUUUUCUCAGGAGCUUCGAUGAGUUCGGCCGACAGACAUGAACGACUUAGCUGUGUUAACAAUCGAAAUGCUGUACAGUCAGCUUCCUUCUGUUGGUUUCUUUUGAAUAAUCAAAUGCUGGUGUUGAGACCAAGUAUGAUUGACUUAAUAAUUCAUUUGGACUCCCCUUUCCCUUCUCUCUCUCCCUCUUCUGGAUCCUCUUCGGAAACUGCAAAAUCCAAGAUGCUGGUACCAGGUGUAUUCAGUGGGGCCCUUUCGACGGACAUGCUACCUGCAGCCCAGUGCCCAGAAUAUAUUCGCGUAACCACAUUUCAGUGGACUCCUGAAGCUGGCCUUGUGUAUCAUCGCCCGCGUUGUGCAUAGGCAAAGAAGGAGUAGGAUGCUUUCUGUUAAAGUACCGUAGCCUCAGUACCAGUCUAGCGUGUCAGCUCUGUUUACGAAGCAAUACCGUCAGAUUUCCUCCAUGUUUUCCAGUGUUGUACUCAACCUUGUGCUGUGAACUCCAUACAGAAAACUGUGCGAUCACCAGACACUGCUGGCAACUGGGUGUGAUGCCGACAACCACAACGAAGAAUCCUUGGCACUGGCUGGUCUACGUCCUCUCAAGUGCCUUUUUGUUUGUACUGGUUCUCAUUGUGUUACAUUAACCCGCCCUGUUUCUCGCUGGUGAAAGCCCUCCUCUUGAAUCAAACCCUGGUGGCCCACUGACUAAGAAGAAAGUAUAUUUUAGUGUGAGAUGUCAGCCUCCGGGUAGGCAAGGGCUCUGAAGAUUUGGCAACGUGGCUUAAUUGUUCUGCUUUUUCCGUAGUUCAAUUUCAUGUCUCUUGACCCUUUUGUAUAAAGCUGCAAUAUUCUCUCUUACUGUUCUUUCAUAUGGAAUGUAUUUUCAAAUGUAAACUCUUUCUCUCCUAUCUCUCUGUCUUUUUCCUCUCUUAGGAUUUAAGCAUUUGCCAUUAUCCAGAAAAGAAACUUGCAGCUUUAACCUGCUGGUAAUGGCGAACACUUUUACUAGACUUUAUGUUGGAAAGUAAAUAAAUAAGGGAAAUUCCUAACUUUGCCCUCCAAAGUCUAACUUUGGUUUCCUUGUUAACUGGUUAAAGUGACAGUAUCUCUUUUCCUAAGCCAUUUGUCUGUCUAUUCCAAUCGAAAUGAUCUUCAAUAGAAAUGUUUGCAUUUAAUAAAAAUAGCGAUAAGUUGAGAGAAGAAAUAAUACUAAUUGGCUUUCAAGUGAGACCCAAAGGAAUAGAGUUCUCCCCAUAUCCAAAAACAGGAGAUUUUUACAUCCAAAUACACAAAAAUGACCCGUGAGAGCCUUCUUGUUUUGGUAUUGAGUCAGAUAAGGGAAGUGGAAGAAAGAACAGUUAAUUUAAGAAAGCGACAAUAAAUCAUGGUGCCUGGGGAUGAAGUAUUUUAAGAUGACAGAGGGGAAGAAAAUGAGUAAAGUCAAAACAAAUGUUUUUAAAAAUUCAGUCUGCAGCAACCCUGAAAUAACAGAGACUUGAAUGAAUGCUUCUAGAAACUUCCAGUGCCUCACAAACAAAAAGCCUGCCUUGGGGCUGUUAAGACCUAAGCCUCCAAUGGCACAGAGAAGUAAAUAUCCUAUCAGGCAGCAUUGAAUUAACCCAAAGAAGCUUUGGUUGUUUUCCGUGUAUUUGUGCCAUGCCGUGUUGUAGGUAAGAACUUCCUCCCUUCCGGCACUGCUGUAGGUCUCACUCGAAUAUAUUUGUGGGAGUCACAUUGCAUCAUGGAGGGGAAAGUCCAUUCAUCCUGGUCUAAUUGAAUUGAGAAUGCCUUUCGUUUCCAGGAAAGUAUUGAUCACUAUGAAAGAAGAAUAGAUUCUUAUCCCCAGAGGCAUCCAUUCAGCCGUUAUAAUCGUACCAGGAUGAAAGCACUAAGACUUGAUUUACCUUUAAGGCAACAGACUUACAGUUGUCUUCAGCCAAGGAAAAAUGAUACUGCAACUUUAAAUUUGAAAGUAUCUUGCACUGAUAAAUAUAUUUAAAAAUUAUAUGUUUAUAAAGUUAUUAAUUUGUAAAGGCAGUGUUACAAAAUGUUCAGUUUAUAUUGUUUUAGAUUGUUUCGUAAUUUUAAAAGGUGUAAAAUAACAUAUUUUUUUCUUUAUUGAGAUCUAUAAAACUUUCUGUAGUAAAAUGUUUUCAUUUUACUGGUAUAUUAUUGCUUCAUGUUUUGUACCAUCAUAAAGUUUUGUGCAAAUUUUUUUUACAGAAAUUUUUAUUUUCUAUGACAAUAUGACACUUGUAAAUUGUUGAUUCAAAAUGAACAGCGAAGCCUUAACUUUAAAUGACAUUUGUAUUCUCAGACACUGAGUUGCAUAAAAAACCACACAGAACUGAACUGUAACUUAAAUUCCAAACUAUGACUACUACAUUCCAAAGAAACAGUUGAAUUAAACAUUUUCCUAAAAUAUCCCAAACCUGAUGGCUUUUAUUAUAUUAGCUUUGUUAUUGUUAAAGAAAUUGGUAUUAUUCCAGCAUCAAAUAACUUUCAAGAUUUUUUAAAGUUCUCUUUUAAAAAUAAUAUCCUAAUAAGGAGAGAAGAUUAAGAAGACAUUUCCUGAAAGAAUAUCAACCCAAACUGGAUACUUGUCAAGAUAAGGCAUAAAGAAUUUGGCAUUAUAAAUGGAAAAUUUUCAACUCCAAAUCUUGUGUCAAAUGUUUCUAU